CGGAGCGGAGCGGCUCGCCCAGCCAACAGUGCCUGCGAGCUCCAGGCUGCUUGGGGAAUUCACUUUACCGCUUUGCAGCUUCUCCCUCCUCAGGCUUCUUCUGAUGGCUUUCUGUCUCCGGCCCUGUCCUUUUCUUUAAAAGGAAAACUUUACUGAGAUUUCUUUUUCCCCUUGGAGGAGAGGAUUAAAAGUUCUCAGAACUGGUGCAGCCAGUGCCUCUCGGGCGCUGGGAGGGUGUUUGCCGGUGGGGUUCCAGUUCCACCAUGUGCACCAACAUAGUUUACGAGUGGCUGAAAGCGCUGCAGCUCCCGCAGUACGCGGAGUCCUUCGUGGAUAACGGCUAUGAUGACCUGGAGGUGUGCAAGCAGAUCGGGGACCCGGACCUGGACGCCAUCGGGGUGCUGGCGCCCGCGCACCGCCGCCGCAUCCUGGAAGCCGUGCGCCGGCUGCGGGAGCAGGACGCUGCUGCCGCCGGCCUCUAUUUCACGCUAGAGCCGCAGCCGCCGCCGGUGCCUCCCGGGCCACCCGCGGUCUCCGUCCCCACCCGCCGCCGGGGGGAGCCCUGCAGCGGCCCGACCCAGGGCCCCCGCGGGGACCCGCGCAGCCAGACGACCGCCCCUCGCGGCAGGGAGCUGGUGAGCUACCCCAAACUGAAGCUGAAGAUCAUGAUCAGGGACAAACUCGUCCGGGACGGCAUCCACCUGAGCAAGCCCCCGUACUCCCGCAAGGUCCCAAUGGCUGGCAUCCUAGCGUACUUAAUGAAUUGGCCGAAGUCAUCACAGAACCGCUAGAUAUCAUUUUUGAGAACCCGUGGAGGACUGAUGAGGUGCCUGAAGACUGGAAAAGGGCAUAUUUAGAACCUUCUUUCAAAAAGGGAGAUGGAUGAUGACCAUGGAUAUACUCAUCAGCUUAACUUUUUGCUUGGAAAAAUUCUGGAAUAAUCAACCUAGUUCAUUGGGUAACAAACUGACAAUAGCUAGAGAAAAGGCAGUGAAAUAUCACACACAAGGAAGUACUGAGUUCAUGUUUUAAAGAUACACCAUUGUAAUGUUGGGAUUCUGCUUGUUUUGGAAUUCUGUCCCCCAUACUACGGCUUCUUCACAAAAGUAAAUGAAGGUAGCUAAGCAUUUGGGUACUGACUUAGUUUUUUAUUACUUAAUGAACUUUAUUGCAUUUAUAGGUGUACAACAAUCAUCACAACCAAAUUUUAUAGCGUUUCCAUGUUUAAGUGUAAUAUAAGACCAAAAGUUUUCUGCCAUUAGCUAGGCAUUACAUCAUUUCCAAAAUGAUCUUUCACUUGAGUAUAGUCAUUUUAUUAUUUUAAUUUUUUCGACUGCUCCCGAGGCAUGCAGAAGUUCCCAGGCCAGGGAUCACAUCCUAGCCACAGCAGUGACAACACUGGAUCCUUAACCCACUGAACUACCAGGGAACUCUGAAAAUAAUCACUUAAAUUUUGUAUCUUAACAUAUUUUUUUUUUUUGGAGUUCCCGUAGUGGCUCAGCAGAAAGGAAUCUGACUAGUAUCCAUGAGGACACAGGUUCAAUCCCUGGCCUCGCUCAGCGGGUUGAGGAUCCAGUGUUGCUGUGAGCUGUGAUGUAGGUCACAGACACGGCUUAGAUCUGGCGUUGCUGUGGCUGUGGUGUAGGCUGGAAGCUAUAGCUCCAAUUCGAUCCCUAGCCCGGGAACACCCAUGUGCUGCAGGUGCAGCCCUAAAAAAGAAAAGCAAAAAAUGAACAAAAAAACAUAUUUUUUUUUCGUUUCAUAUAGGAUUGUGUUUUAUAGGUUGGAUAUUUUAUGUAAUUCAAUAUAGAGUAGUUUGGUGAAGGAAUUCUUGUUUUAAGGUGCUUUAUAUAGUUAUUUCAUACAUAGGUACAGUGAUAAAAGCUGAUGAACUACUGAAUAUGAGCAAAGGAAGAACCUUUUUUCUAACUUCUCUUUUAAAAUUUAAUCAGGCUGAAGUUUAGUGUUAGGACCUGUACAAGUGUCUUAUUCUGAUGUACAUUGAGCAAGAGCCAGCUGUGUAACUUGAUGGCUAGUUUUCUUCACCCCUGACACUGCCACACUGGCCACUGUCACACCUCCCUCCCCAAAUUAUGACUUCAGGCCUUCGGGCAGCAAGGAAUGCCCAUUGGGCAUUAAGAGCCCCAUAUCUCCAAAAACGAGAGAAGAAGGAGGUGGGGGGAGGAAAUUAAGAUGAGGUUUUCUUUCUUGCCUUUUUUUUUAGUGCCUCACCUGCAGCACAUAGAGGUUCCCAGGCUACGGGUCUAAUCGGAACUACAGCUGCUGGCCUACACCAGAGCCACAGCAAUGCCAGAUCUGAGGCAUGUCUGUGACCUACACCACAGCUCACGACCUAUACCACAGCUCAUGGCAACACUGGAUCCUUAACCCACUGAGCAAGGCCAGGAAUCAAACCCACAACCUCAUGGUUCCUAGUCAGAUUUAUUUCCACUGUGCCAUGAUGAGAACUCCAAGAGGUUUUCUAAUUCCCACUGUUCUUGUCUUUGAAUGUUGGCAGCUUUAUUUUCUGCUUAGAAAAUACAACCAUACAGACAGGACCAAAAACUUAGUUAAAAGGUGAUCUGAGCAGAUCAAGCAGCUGGACAGUACUGUAUUCCAGAAUCUUCCCUGUACUUACUCCUCAGAAGUAAGUAAGAGAUGUAUGUUUACAUGACAUGGUGAUGCUCAAGAGUAGGGAACUCUCAAAGAAAAAGAAAUUUGCAUUUAUUUCUCCCUUGUGUAUACCGGUCCCUAGGAAUGGGUUACAGUGAUAUUAUCACAAUACUGCUUUAAAAAUCUAAAAUGUGUAUAUAGUUUAGCUACUUCUAGAGGGACACUGGGUAAAAUAAGUCUCAUUCUUAAGUACAGAGGCAAGGAAAUUAAGCUCUCAAAGCAUGUAUACAUUGUCUUUUAAACUUCAUAUUAGAGCUCGUAGUUUUGUAAGAAUUACACUCUGAUCAACCUUUCAUCAUUUUUUUUUCAAGUGAACUAGAGUCUUUAAAAUUUCCAAGUUAGUUUUUUUUUUUUUUAAGGAGUGGGGGUGUCUACAGAUUAUAGAUAUAAUUUAUUGUGAUAACAAAUGGCUUCCUGUUCGAGACCUCAUUUCCAGGUGCAGCAUCUGUGGCAGAUUUAUUUCACAGAUGUACAUGUAUAUGCAUUUGUUGAACUGUUAGUAGAAAGGACUCGGUUUCUGAAAAAUCUAUUAUUUUCACGCUGGGCAUUAUGAUACACUCUACUGCAACCAAAAAGGGGGUUCCUCGGUCAUGUCAAGUUUUCUAUCUGUAUAAUGUCUAGCUUCAAUUAUUUUGCCAAAUUUAAAUCUUCUUUCUGUGUCUGCUGUUGGAGUUUGAAAAUAAUAACCCUCUGCCAAAAUUAAGAGGCACAAUCUCGAACAGUGAAACAGCCAAUGAAUAUUAAAGACUUCCUCCCUAAAGCUAGAGGAAGCAAACUUUAAAAUAAGCAGAGAACUAUUCAAGCAAGCGCAUUAAUUCCUUUUCAUUAAUGAAGAUGAGGUAAGAGUUAGAAUAUAAGAUGUAAGAGAAAGAUGAAUUGUGUUUGGAGGUAAUUACGCUCAAUAAGAGUAAUUUUUUUCACAGUGUUUUUUCCUUUAUCGAAUAUUCAUAAUAUCCUUAAUUUUUUAAGACAAAGGAAAUUGCUGAGGGACAAAUAUAUUAUCAAAACUGGAGGAUUAUCUUGAUUUUGUGUUUCCUAAAAUAUCAAGAGAGGUUUGUUAUAGACUUUUACUUCUUAAUACUGAGGAAUUGGCAGGAUUAUAGCAAAGUGUUCUUCAUUUCAUUAAAAACUUUUUUUUGGGGAAGUGAAGGAAGAUUUUACUCACAUGUUUCUUGGCAUAGGGAAUGCAUAAUUUAAGGGCUUCUUCCUCACCAAAGGAAUUUACAGUAACAUAGAAAAGCUGUACUCACGCAAUUUCUCAGUCCAGAGAAAUUUACAGCAUCUUGCGUUGUAGAAUUAAUGACCAAAACAAUACGUUGUUAUUUGGGAGUCCCUCAGAUCUGCUUUGAAAUUCCAGGAUCACAUGGAUUGCUCUUCCUGCGGUGUAUCAGCUAAGAGCAUCGGCUAUAGUGUAGCAUGGGGAAUGAUUUUGAACACGUCUUAAACUUAUCAAAGCUUUUUAAUCCUUGUCCUUGAAAUGGGAAGAAUAAAUACCCUGCCAUAGUUCUUGAGAAACUUAAGAGUUCUGCAAUAUACACCCACCCAGUUCUUGGCUUGGUGUUGGAUGCAUAGUAGGUUCGCAGUGCCUCACUUCUUUCCCUGCAUCUUUUUCCUCUCAUAUGAGAGAGACUGCCUUAAAGCUGACUCGAACACUCAGGCAUAAAUAGACAUGUUCUUAUUACUGCCUUAAACUCAGUAUGAGGCCCUUUGCUUUCUUUUAGGAAGGAUAAACCAAGGUUCCUGUGACUUGCCCAUGGUAGAAGUUAAGUGUUUAUUGAUCGAAUAAAAAGAACAUGAUUUUUAAGAACAGUGAGCAAUCCUAAGGCCAGGACUUUUCAAUGCCGAAAUAGUCACAGAGACACACAUAACAGUAUUCCUUUAAGUUGCCUCUUUUUUUUUUUUUUUCUUUUUAGGGCCACACCUGUGGCAUAUGGAAGUUCUCAGGCUAGGGGUCGAAUCAGAACUGCAGCUGGCAGUCUAUGCCACAGCCACAGCAACACCAGAGCCAAGCCACUUCUGCGUCUACACCAUAGCUUGCAGCAAUGCCAGAUCCUUUACCCACUGAGUGAGGCCUGGAUUCGAACCCAUGUCCUCACGGACACUGUGUUGUGUUCUUAACCUGCUGAGCCAAAGUGGGUACUCCUAAGUUGCCUCUUUCUAUAAAAACUUUAGAUUUAUAAAUUUGGCAUACAAAUUAGUGAGUGGUGUGUGAUUUUUCCUCUGAUUUUAUGACUGUGAUUUACAAGUUAGGCGUGCCAGUGGGCAUUCUCCCAUAGCCUUUUCUGUGGUGGAUCCAGCCAAGACAAGAAGCCGAUAAUGGUCGAUCAACAGACUCUUUUUCUCUGUGAAGAGAAACCAGAUGUGCCAGUGACAGGAUGCACCUGCCUGUCUGGAUCAUCCUCCGUGAAGAGCGUGGGCGUUGUAAACAGGACCCUUGCACGGGCCCUGGAGGAUGACACACAGGAAGACUGAAGAAAAUGAAAUUCUUGGACAAGAUGGUUCAUUCUUACAUGUAAUAUGUAAUUACAUGCCAAACAGGCAGGUGGAAGAUUGCUGAAUUUCAAAGUAAAUGAGGACUAAAGAGCAGAAAAUUGUAUCCUGAGACACCUGUAAGAAAUGAGCAAGAACUUCACCUUAAAAAUAACCACUUCUCGGGAGUUCCCUGGUGGCUUAGCAGGUUAAGGAUCUGGUGUUGUCACUGUCGUGGCUCAGGUUCUGUCCCUGACCAGGGAACUUACGCAUGCUGCAGGCGUGGCCAAAAAAAAAAAAAAAAAAAAAAAAGCCAAGCCCAAUUCUCCAUUUAGACCUAGGGCCAAGUAACAGGGAAUUCUUAAAAGAGACAAGCUGAUGACUUGUGCUUAGAAUAAAGCCGACAUAGAUGCUGUAGUAAAUUAAGUUGUGCAGGGCAAAGGGAAUCAGUGAGGCUUUUGCCCAUACAUUUUCUAAUUUCAUUCUUAUUAAUGGUCCCAGUGGUCAUCAAUUAAGUAUUCUUACAUCAGAUGUUUUACACUAUCAGAUUCUUCGAUUAGAAAACCCUCUUCAGCUUUCUAUUCUUAAUCUCUGAGGGGAUAAAAUCAAAUUACUUUCUAUUCCAUGAUUACUAUUUUAGAUAUUUCCAUAAAAGGCAAAAAAAAAAAAAAAGCUAGAAUGGUAGUUCUGAAAAACAAAUAACAUAACAUUUUAAAAAAACUUAUGAUUCCUUCUGGUUUAAUGUUUGUAUAUAAUUUGAAGUAAAAGUCCAAAUUCAUCUUACCAAUGUGGAUAUUUAAUUGUAUCAGCAUGAUUUGGAGUAAUAAAUAUUGUUUCUCAAUUAAAAAAAAAACUUAUCCAAAUACAUAUUUUCUUUUAAAUUGCUUAAAUACUCAAAUGAAGUUUCAUUUUUUUUAUUGUUAUUGGUAAAAGCUAACGUUUAGAGGAAAAUGAGAGGUUAAAUUCUACCUCAGGAGCUCGGCGGUAUUUUUUUCUUUUUGGACAGUUUGGCCAAAAUUUCUUCCACUGGAACAAAAGGAAAAAAGUUGCUAUUAAACAUUGUUUGAGAUGAGAAAUGUCUCUUACAGAUGUACUCCGUAUCAUGCCCUUUGUCAGAUGAAUUUUCCCUUGUUGUUUCAAAGAAUGAAAUGUGUUGAAUAUCUUUGAGGGGACGAUGGUAUACUGACUGGGGCAAAUGUUAAAAAUUCAGAUGUUUAUGGAAGUUGCUACCUUGCUUCUGAGCUGGACAAUAUUCAUAGAUGCUCUGUGGGUCCCUGAAACAUUAGUCUUUGAAAAGUUCUGCCCACACGGAAUUGUGUGCAGGGGCCUGCAGAAUCACCUUGUGCCCAUCUAAGUGAUAGAGCAGAGGUUCCUCCUAAACCAAAGUUGCAGUGUGGUUUUGUGCAUGCAUUUGCAAUUGACACCUUUUGCCUUUCAGUGACUUUUUAGAAGGGACUGUGGGAGAAGGCACUGUGGAAAGUGGAGUUGGAACCGCGUUAUGAACCCUGGAAUGUACGCCCAGGCAGUGUUGUGAUUUGCAGACAUAUGUCCUCUGUUCAAUAAAUGCUACAGCUUUCACAGCAGUUCCGCCUUGGCUCUUUUGUGAGUCGUUUACAUUUCGAUGAAUGGGGUAGAGUAUGUACGUUAUUUAAAUGGACAGUAUAUAAAUGUUUUUGGUCCUAGGGCAUUAUGGUUUGCAUGGGAAAUCAGAGUGCUAACUCAGAAGAGGGGAGGAAAGCCAAGCUCCCCACAUGGCAUGCAAAAUUCAGAUAAAUGGCUAAUGCAGUUUGCUUGGGUGCUUUUGUGUGAUGGGUGUGUAUGUGUAAGUGGUGGGCUUUCUCCCUUCUCCCCCCACCCCACUUUUGAAUUUUGAGAGUGAUAUAUACAAUUCUGUGAUGGUAAUUGUGGCCCUGCUCCCCCCCGCCCCCAGUGGGAGGUGGGACAAAGUAGGCAGUAAGAGGGGACAUAUGUGGAAUUUCUUUGCAUAGGAUCCUGCUGUGGCUCCCAUACUCCCUGAAUCUCCAUGACCCAAAGGUGGUUGCGAUUCUGCUAUAGGUCAAGUGGAAUCUCAGGGGUCAUGAGAAAUUCUGUUGUUUAGGAUUUGACGUAUAAUAUACAUGUAUGAUUUGUAUAUUAAGAUUUCAAUCCCAGCCUUAACACUUUCUGCCUUCAGGACCUUGAGCAAAUGGAAUAAUCGUUGCAAAUGUUUGGCACAAUAAUUAGCACAUGCUUGGCAACAUCUCAAACAUGAAGUCAAAGAAGUUUUUCAAUAGUGUUUUGGGUUCUGUAUAAAUGACAUCCUGUGAUAUGUUUGGAUGAGGAUGAAUAGCUGUUUCGCUUCGUGCUGAAUAUGAGAAGAAAGUAAAUUUAAAGCAAGGAAGAUGCGGAGGAAGUAUUAGGAAGAAAUACGUAAAAUUUUUAUUUUUAGAAAUGAAAAGGGACCUGAGGAUGACCCAGACAGAUUCAGAAGUUGUGUCAUUAGGACACUAAGGGACCCAAAGUGUGUGGCGCACCUCCUGUGACAUUGGCUGGUGAUGGACAGUUGAGGAUUUCCUAGGUCCUCUAAUCCUGGCCUUUUGUCCGAUGUCAGAUCCUAGACAGUAAACUUAAAGGGAUUUGUGGCAUCCUCAAAAAAAGUGCCAGCUUUCUAGACUGGCCUUAAUUUCAGCUUAGGUUCGUGGUUUUCAAGACCUAGCCUUAGAAUGCUUUUGUUCAUAAACUAAAGCUCCUGCCAGCCCCAGGGUUCUGCAGGGGCCAGCAUUUUGGUAAGAAAAUGUAAUCUUGGAGCUCCCAUUGUGGCUCAGUGGGUUAGGAAUCCAACUAGUGCUUGUGAGGAUGUGGGUUUGAUCCCUGACCUCACUCUGUGGGUUAAGGAUCUGGCACUGGGCAAGCUGUGGCAUAGUUUGCAGAUGCAGCUUGGAGCUGCAAUGCCGAGGCUGUGGUGUAGGCCUGCGGCUGCAGCUCUGAUUCAAUCCCUAGCCUGGGAACUUCCAUAUGCGGCAGGUGCAGCCUUUAGAAGUACAACAAAACCAAACAAAAAAAGGUCAUCUUUCAGCUCUAAAAUCUCAUGCCUCACAUCUUCUGUGAUCUCUCAGGCAUAUUUAGAAAAGUCCAUAAUGUUGGUUGGCAGCAUUAAAAUGCAUUUUUUAAAAAGGGGAAAUUUGAGCAUGCAGCUGAGAUCCCAAGUAAGGAACGUUUGACAAAGAAGAGGAUGGUUUGUGUCAUUAAUAAAAAUCACUUCACCUAAGGCAGCCUUUAAAAUCUGUCAACCGAAUCUGGGAAAUGAAUACCUUUUAGUCUCAUUCCAGGCCAUAUGCUGCUCCACUGAGGAUUUUUUAAUUCAAAAGAGAAAUCUUGAACAAUUUUAAGUGAAAAACUCACUCCUUCCCCACGCUAGAGUUACUCUGAGGACAGAGUCUGUGCAUAUAAUUAUGGACACUUUCUGGGCAGCUUUCUCUACUUUAUUAUAUCCAUGUACCAUUAACAGGAUGUCUGCAGAAUCUCAUCUGUCUCUUGCUUGAAUACUAAGCCCCAAUCGUGAAUUAUAUAUGCAUUUAGUGUGUGUUCUUUUACAUCUGUUGGGCUCCAUCAAUUUAACUUCAGGUUCAUUUUGGAACUAAGUCAGUCUACCUAAUAGUGUGGGCAAAAAUAGCUGUUUUGAGUGAAGAAUAUACAUUUAUUGUUCCCCUAAAUCCUGACCUAUAAAUCAGAAGCCCUGAUCCAACCCAGUCUUGGUUUUCCUGGUGAGUAGCUGUCUAAACACUUCCUCUACCUCUUCACUGCUCUUAGGUCUGUAAAAGAGUCCAGUGGGGACAGUGUUACCUAAACCUGCCCUGUGAAAAGUUUGGAAAACUGAAGGUAUCUGGGAAUAAUGUCAUGUCCUCUACAAGAGAGUCACAGAGCAAUAUGGUCUGGUUUUCACUACAACCUCCUGGGGCUGUGAACGUAUCUGGUUCGCCCCCUCGCCGGAUGUUGCCUGCUUAGUGCUUCCGUAGUUCUGGUGUAUUUCCUGGCACAUUGUAGGUGCUCAAUAAUAUUGUCGAAUGAAUGAAGAACCAAGGGAACUUUCCCACAUGCCUGAGGAUGCUGAAUCCUGAAGUUGUAUCACUUUUUCUACCAGGGUAUUUCCUGGUCUCAGAGACCUUGCAGGAAUUCGAUGGCUUUUGGGUUUCAAAGAAUAUGCCUUUCACUCUCAGACUCGGGAAACCAAAUUUCUCUUUAUCACAAGUUCACCUUGGGGUGUGAUUUUGUUUUUAUUAAGUCCUCUGGUGUCUCUGUUUUCUUUUGUAUAAAACUCUAAAUGCAAAUAUUUGAUAAAAUAAAAAUUUACAUGCUCAUUUAGGUUUUCUUUUACAGAAAUGUGUUAAAUAUUGUAAUUUGAUGGCAUCUGAAAGCACUAAAAUGGCACACUGUUUGAAUUAUGAUUUUAUUUUGGUUGUAUUUUCCUAACUUGAAGGGUGAGAGGGAUAAUUAAUUGUUCUUGCAAUUAAAACUAAUAAAAGAUCAAUCUAUUCUUGCAAUUAAAGCUAAUCAAACUAUGAUGAGUGUACUUAUCAUAUGUAUGCUAGUGUAUAGUGCUAGCAGACAAAAUACAAAGAUAUUUUGAUAGCCCAUUCUACACAAACAGUAACUUCCUUCUUUAGUUGCAUUUUGGACACACCACCUUCUAGAUAUGUGUAAUAUAAAUAUAUGACCCAUGAUUUUGUCCCUGGAUAUAAUUAUUUCUUCCCUAAAGAUUACUUUUAUAGCAAAGGCAAAAGAGAAAAAAAAAAAAAGAGUGGCGUGAUUAAGAAUAGUCAGUCUAGGGUCAUUCAGUCUGUCUCCCAGAGAGCCCCAAGAAUUAUAAUCGCUUGAUCUAGAAGGAAACUUGUAACACUACAGUGACCACAUGCCUUGUCUUUCUUUUGUUCUGCUAAAAUGUGUGCAUUCCAUGGAAGGAGGGAAAGAGUAUUAAGGCUUUGGAAGCACAAAGACGUGGAUGCAAAUUCCGAUUCCCCAUGCCUGGCCAAGUGACCUUAGGUGGGUUACUCAACUCUUUCUGGACUGUUUUGUCAUCUGAAAAGGGAGGUUAAUAAAACUCCCUCCAAGAGGUCUUGUAGAAAUUGAACAAACUGGAGUUCCCACUGUGGUGCAAUGGAAUCUGCGGGGUCUUGAGUGCUGGGACACAGGUUCGAACCCAAGCUGGACACAGUGGGUUGAGGAUCUGGCAUGGCUGCAUCUGGUGUAGGUCACAACUGCGACCUCAGAUCCUGCUGCUCAGAUCUGAUCCCUGGCCCAGGAACUCUAUACGCCUCGGGGAGACCAAAAAAGAAAAAAGAGGGAAAAAAAAGAAAUUGAGCAAACUAACUUCUUGGAUAAUUGAUAGAAGGUCUCACGUUGAAGGAACACAAGUCCUUCCUACUGAUCAGGUAGGCAGUAUUGGCAGGUAGGAAGUGGAGAGGUAGGACGUAGAAGAAAGAUUUGUGACUCAUGAACUAAAGUUGUUUUCCAAAUCGAUUAGAAAAAAGCUCGUGUUCUUCAUUACAGACAACAUUAAAACAUAAAGUUGCCGACACGUAAAAGGACAUUUAAUACGGUGCCUAGGACAGAACGAAGCACUUCCCAUGCAUGUUCUCAUUUAAUCUUCCCGACCACCCCAUGAGGUAGAUGUGUUUUUUGGGGUUUUGGCCGUGGUGUGAUAUGGGAUCUCAGUUCCCAGACCAGGGAUUGAACCUGGGCCGCAGCAGUGAAAAUCCUAACUGCUCCACCACCAUGAACUCCCCAUGAGGAAGAUGUGAUCAUUAUUUGCAUUCUUCAGCUGAGGAAACUGAAGUAAAGGUGGGUUUGGGGCCGGAGUUCCCAUUAUGUCUCAGUGGUAACAAACCCAACUAGUAUCCAUGAGGACUCGGGUUCAAUCUCUGGCCUCACUCAGUGUGUUAAGGAUCUGGUGUUGCCGUGAGCUGCAGUAUAGGUUGUAGACACAGUUCAGAUGUGGCUUUGUUGUGGCGGUGGCAUAGUCCGGCAUCUGUAGCUCUGAUUCAACUCCUAGUCUGGGAACUUCCACAUGCCAUGGAUGUGGCCCUAAAAAAAAAAAAAAAAAAAAAGACAAAAUAAAGAGAGAGAGAGCUGGGUUUUUGGAAAUUUACCUAAGACCAUGCAGCAAGUAACCAGGAGAGCUGGAAUUUGAAUCUCCGCAGAAGCCUGUCCUUUUAGCCUUGAUGUUUGGUUUAUGGGGCGAAAUUAUUGUGAGACCGAAUAUAAGAGCCAUAAAUUAAAAAGUAGGAGGGCAGACAGACGGAGGAGAGUAGGGUUUAUCAUAAAAGAAGGAGUGCUUGAAGGGUCAGGAGACAGGGUGAAGAAGGUGCGAAAUACACCUGCAAGUCUAAGGUGCCAUAGAGGUAAGACCACUAGUGAGCAUCCAAGAAAGAAGAAAUGUUCAACUAGUACCUGAUACUGCUUUUCGUUUAAGACUUUUCUUUUCAACUUAUUGACAGCGCCGUCUUAGACUUCCUUAUACAUGAUGUUGAUGGUUUAUCAUUCAGAUGUGCAUAACUCUAAAAGUUAAGCUAAGUAAGCAUGAGGCAAGCCUUCAGCGUUUUUCUAGGUAGAUUCUUCUGAGUCACUUUUGGACUCAGGUCUGUCCUCACAGUGUCAUCCUGUGGCCAGGAGGUGGCUAAUGCACCUGUCUGAAGGCGCCGCCUCUGUCAUCUCUGGAUUUCCUCCAUCCCUCCUGUCAGUUUAGAUGCUGGUGCUAUCUUGAUCUUACCUGCAGGUGUCUGCAGAUUUCCCGACAGCGUCUCAUUCUUUCUUCAAAUGGUCACUAAAUGGUUUCUCAGCGGAAAUGUGGGCUUGCGGCUCUGCAGCUGUGCCACCAGCAAUGGUAUCUGCAUUUGCACAUGUGUAUCUGGUGGCGGCUGUAUUGCUAGGCACCAUCAGAAUCAACUCUGGCUCCCUCCUCCCCUGUUGUUCUCCACCCCAGUGUCAUCAUGUUGAAAUGCGACAUGUGCACAUUCAAACCCAUGAAGUAUUCUUGUAUGUCAAGUCACAAGGACAAUAUAACCUCCCAACUCACUUUACUUUCUGACCCUCUACUUUGUUGAUAGUUAGGUAUUAGUAGUUUUGCCUGUAACAACUUUAGACUCAAUAAGAAAUUCUUUUGGAUUUUUUAGUAGUUGAGUCUACGCUAAUAUUAUUGUCCAGUGGCUCCUUGACCUGCUUUAACCUAUAGUCACAUAAUACAUAUUGGCACAUUUGGCUUACUAUGUAUUUCAUGGGGAUCUCUGGCUCAGGGAGAGCCUUUAAACAGUGCUUUAAAUAUUAUUUUAUAGAAUUUAGCACCUUCCCCCAUGGAAUAAUAAUAACUUUUUAUUUUUAUUUUGAGUACUUUAAUAACGAUGCCCAUUACAGAGUCCACCAUCAUAACACCAAUGCACCUGCCCCCUAUUUGAAGCAGGAGUUUGUUCUCAUUAAUGCUUCAGAGUAAGAAAUCCUCUAUCUUGUAAUUAGAAUUCUGAGUGGCAGCUCCUGAUUACUAUUUGAUCCCUAAAUAUUAGAACCCUGUGAAAAUACUUGACGUUUCCAAAUAUCUUCAGGAGCUACCGGGCUCCCAUUCCUUGUGCUCAGCGUAUACAUGGUCAGGUGGGAAGAGGGUGGAGCCUUGGGACCAGGGAGAGAGGAACAUGGAACUCCCUAAUGAAUGGCCUUGGUGAAAAAAAAAUACCAAGUAUUUUCACCAGUCAGAGCAAAAGCUGAAUACAAAUUGCAUUUAAUCCUUAUAAUAACCCAAUAAAGUAAUUGCUAUUACUGCUCCAUUUUACAGGUGGGGAAACUAAGACUCAGAGAGUUAAGUUCCUUAGGACCUUCAUUGCACGUCUUUUAUCCUACAUGUCUUUAGAUUUAUUAAAGAUAUGCUUGUGAUCCUUAGCUGUACCCCGAGAAUACACUGCAUAUAUCAGGUACCUCGAAACGAAGACCAGUUUUAUUACGCUGGCUUUUAAUUGCCUUUCUCCUCCUCCAUGCAUGUGCUAAGGCGUAAUAAUUUGCCAUUUGAAUCUCCUUAUACAUUCUGAGCGGAGAGUAAACACUUUGGAAUUAUUGAAGCCCCCCACCCCCUGUCAUUUUCUAUUAUGCAAAUUGAUUCUUUUUGUUUUAAGUCAUCGAUAAUCUUUAACUUAUUUUUAACUUAGAAAAGCCAGUAAGCAGUUUCAUACCCAGGUCCAAACAUUUCCAAAUGUUUGUGAAUAUUCUCCAUGAUGUCUAAACUGAAGUAUUUAGUGAUCAAAUAUUUUUUAGUGGACCUUUGGUUGGGAAAACCUAGUACCUUCUGUACUUUGAAUGAACCAAUAGAUACACGAUAAGCUAUAACUUCCAAUGGCUCUCAUCUUGAUAAAAUCCCGGUCUUAGCGUUAGAAAUAUUCCCUUUAAAAAAUUACUUCCUUGCCCCCACCAAAUACAAAACAGAACAGUAUUUCUAUACAUGUUAAGACAAAGAAGUGGAGUUCCCUGGUGGCCCAGCGGUUAAGGAUUUGACAUUGUCAUUGCUGUGGUGAGGGUUCGAUCCCUGGCCUGAGAACUUUCGUAUGCUGCAGGCCCAGCCAAAAUAAAAUAAAAUAGAAUUAGGGUGAUUUCUAAUUUAAAAAAAGACAAGCUCAUUCAAACAUUUGAUAGAUGUUAUCGAUUAAGACAUAGUUUAAGAAACAUUAAAACUGUUGCCUAAAAUUUUUGAGCCUGUCUUCUUUCCUUCUUUCUUUUUCUCUCUCCCUUUCUUGGAACUGACAGCAAAAUGAAUCAAAUAUAUCUCUUUUAGCCCACAAGUCCUAUUCAUCUGCUUUUAUUUAUCUAUGCUUUAAUCUCCUUCCAAGUACAUUUGAAGAAUAAGUAAAUAUAUUUUCUGAAAACCUUGGCACAUUUCCUAGAUUUGGGAGGUGUCAGGAAAGGGUUGGCAAAAAAGUGAUUUUUGAAUGAAAAAUUAAAUCUCUACUUAGAUUUAAAAUCUCCAGAGACAUCAUUGAUAUAAACCAAAGUAGCCAUUUUCAGUGAGGAAAAUAGCCAGGGUGUAUGUGAUUUUGAUGAAUGCGCUUCAAAAAAGCACAUAGCAACUGAAUAUACAUAUAAAUCUAGUGUUUAGUGUUUUUAUAACACAAAUCAUAGUGUAAUCUCAAGCAAUAAUUGGAAAAGAAUAAACCAGUGAGGGCUUCUAACAUGGAGUAUACUAUUUAAAAAGUCCAGAGUUCCCAUCGUGGCUCAGCAGUACCGAACCCGACCAGGAUCCAUGAGGAUACAGGUUCAAUCCCUGGCCUCGCUCAGGGGGUUAAGGAUCCAGCAGUGCUGUGAAUUAUGGUGUAGGUCGAAGAUGUAGUUUGGAUCCUGUGUUGCUGUGGCUGUGGUGUAGGCUGAGCUCCGAUUCUACCCCAGCCUGGGAACUCCUUACGCCAUAGGUGCGGCCCUAAAAAAGCGAAAAAUGAAAAAAUUAAAAAGCCCAAUCUAUCAAAAUGAUACAUCUGUUAAAUGCAAUGUUACGAAUCAGGCAAAGCCUCUGACUGUAUCAUACUACGGAGAGAAGUUGGAACACAUUUAUAAAGCCCACUUCCUGGAAUGACAUGAGGGAGGCCAAGCAAGCGGUGUAGGUAACUUUACAUCUGAAGUUUAUUGCCCCUCGACUUUAUAGCUUUUUUGAAUCUUGCCUUUAGAUUUUUUUUGACUCUUAUUAAUAUUUGCCUAAAGUUUAAUCAUUUUGAUACUCUGCUGCUUAAUUGUGGUGUUAGUAGACUGUUUGGGGUCUACUUAUAUAUAAUUUACCUGACUUUAUAAACAGUAAAUGAUGUUGAGCACCUAAAAUGCCAUGCCCAUUUUCAUCCCCACCUCCCCAGAGAAGCAUGCCCUUAAGUUAAGAGGGUAACCUGGAGUUCCUGUUGUGGCUCAGUGGUUAACGAAUCCGACCAGGAACCAUGAGGUUGCGGGUUUGACCCCUGGCCUUGCUCAGUGGGUUAAGGAUCCGGCGUUGCUGUGAGCUGUGGUGUAGGUUGUAGACGCAGCUCGGAUCCUGUGUUGCUGUGGCUGUGGUGUAGGCCGGUGGCUACAGCUCUGAUUAGACCCCUAGCCUGGGAACCUCUGUAUGCCCCAGGAACGGCCCAAGAAAUGGCAAAAAGCCAAAAA